UCCUUUCCAUCACUGUCUGAAAUUCCGUGUUUGCCCUAUUUUUCUGAAGAUGGAACAAGGACAAAACCAAAGCACUCCCCAGAGAGCUUCCAUGGAUGAUGCCUUACAUUUUCUGAAUAGAGUGAAAGAUGUGUUUUGGGACCAAAUGGAGAAGUAUGACAUGUUGCUUCAGAUCCUGAAAGAUUACAAGGAUGAAAGGAUUACCUGUGCUGUUGUGGCUGCAAGGGUGGAGGAGUUACUGAGAGAGCACCCCACUCUGAUUUUGAGAUUCAACAAUUUCUUGCCAAAGGAGCAUGAGAUCAAACUUAAGCACGAACCUCGUCAAGAAUUAGUCCGUUUAGUUGACAACAUAAAGGAACGAUUCAAAAAAGAUCAGGAUGCUUACGCAUCAUUCUUGGAGAGUAUGAAAUCCUACAAAGAAGAUAAGCGAAAGACCUCUUGUGAUCUUCAUGGGGAGAUUGCUAUCAUUUUUAAGGACCAUCAAGAUCUGCUUGAUGAGUUCACCAGAUUAAUCCCUAAUUAUGAUGCAAUUGGCGUUGAAGAGACUGGUCGUGAUGAAAAGGGAACACUGAGCAUUCCCAACUGCAAGCAAACAUGUUUAGGUUGUUUUACUGCAUUGUUGUUUUGUACAAUGAUAUGGUCACUGAUAUUUGUUUACUUUCUCUCAUAUCACGAUGAGAUAACAAGGAAAACAAAGAUAUGUUCGUUUUGCUUCCUAGGUUUGGUUCUAAUGAUCGCUAACAUCUUCCACCGACCCUAUAACAUUUUUUGCAUAAGAAAGUAUUUAACUAAAAGGGUGAGAGAGGGAUUGCUCUCAAAGAUUCUUGCCAUUGGAGAUGGAUGGUUCUCUCAGAAGGAAACUUUCAGAUGUGAUCUUUGCCAUAGAUUUGCCGAAGAAAGUGUGGUUAAGCCUAUGAUGGGAGAGAAAAUGAGUUUAGGGUUUCAAACAAUUUGUGCAGUGGGAAUAGGUUUGAGUGUGGGUCUUAUGUUUUCAUGGAAAGCAGCCAUUGCAAUGAUUGUUGUUCAACUUGUUAUCAUUGUUUGCUUCUACAAAAGAGGUGUCUUCAAGAUCAUGAAGGUCCAUGAUGAUUGA